UUCCACUUGAUACUCCAUAAUCCUUAUAGUUUUCUUCGUCAUUCACAAUACCAAACAAAGAGACCAAAGAUGGAGAGGGAAGAAGGUGACAGAGCAUUCAUUGGGUUUCCUUUUGGUUUAGCUCUUCUAUUGGUCAUGUUAAUUGGCAUGAGUUGUUUCUUGACUUGCUGCCUUUACUGGGAAAAAAUCAGAUCUCUCUUUCAAUCCGACGAUAACAACGACGACCAAACAGAAUUUGCCAGAAAUGAAAUCACUCUUUCUCCCAAGCCAAAGCAAGAUCGAGCGCAGAACAUGAGCCUUCCGGUUCUGAUGCCUGGGGACCAAAUACCCAAAUUUAUAGCAUUGGCUUGUCCAUCUAAGCCUUCAGUACUGCCUGAGAUGGAAGUGCAUGAACCUCAUAGUAUGCUAAUGUCAACAAUAAAGUUAGCACACCAUUAAUUAGUGUUAAGACUGUAUAGUACGUACUGUCUAGUUUUAUACUCAAAAAUUGCUUUCUUUGUACUGUUAAUUGAAAAUUGAAACAACUAUACAAAAUAUAAGAAGAUUCCUCUUCAAUUCAAAUUCC